GCCAGACUCACACUGGCUCUCGUGUCCUGGCACUGCCUGUUUGGAGAUGACAAACGCACAUACACGGAAGCACCUGGCCACACGCCCCUAGGAAAACCCAGCAGGGCACAUAGGCUUGGCGACGUGUGCCCACACAUGGAUACAGAGUGACGCAGGAGACAGCUGAAAAGACACCCGGGAGUUAGACAUGCGGCCAGCACACCGGCUCACACCUCUGAGACAAAGGAUUAGGGCCACGGUCGGUCGUUGGUGCUGCUGCCACUGAACCCUUCUAGCAGCUUCUGGAUGCCAGAGGAGGGAAGCCAGGGUCUCAGAGGGCCCCAGUGAGUCACCCGCCUGAUGCAAUCCCUUUAAAGGGCUCAUCUGCUGGUGCAAGAAGCUGAUUCAUGGAGGGCGUGGUUGCUGGAGGAGGAGGAGAAAGGGACCGAAACUGCAGCAGGAGGGACUGAGAGGUUAGAUGGCUGGAAUUGUUUAUAGGACCUCUUCACUGUAAACGUCCCUGGUCAAGUCUCCUGGGAUCUUCAGGUUGGAGCGGGGUUUCUACAAAGGCGAGGGCCCCAGAGUGAAAUAAAUUGUGAGAGCUGAGACAGGAAUUCCUGUCAUUUUAUUGAGCCCAACUGCAGCGCUCUCCGCACAGAGCUCCAGAAACUGAGAAAUGGGGAUCAAGGAAGAGCCAUUUUUCUGACAAAUACACUGCAACUGGCCGAUCUUCCAACUGCGGGAGACUUCUCCCAACCCUGCAGGGCGAGGGUAGGGUACGCGAGGUCCUGCGGAGUUGGGGCGGGGGCGGUGUGCGCGUCCCAGCCUUGCCGCAGACAUAGAUGAGCGAGCUGAGAAUGAAGCGGAGAGCAUCGGACAGAGGAGCUGGGGAAACGUCAUCCAGGGCGAAGGCUCUAGGAGGUGGCAUUUCUGGAAAUAAUGCAAAGAGAGCUGGACCAUUCAUCCUGGGUCCCCGUCUGGGCAAUUCCCCGGUGCCAAGCAUUGUGCAGUGUUUGGCGAGGAAAGACGGCACCGAUGACUUCUAUCAGCUGAAGAUCCUUACCCUUGAGGAGAGGGGGGACCAAGGAAUAGAAAGCCAAGAGGAGAGGCAAGGCAAGAUGCUGUUACACACCGAGUACUCUCUGCUCUCCCUCCUCCACACGCAGGACGGCGUGGUUCACCACCAUGGGCUCUUCCAGGACCGCACCUGUGAAAUUGUCGAGGACACAGAAUCCAGCCGAAUGAUUAAGAAGAUGAAGAAGCGCAUCUGCCUUGUCCUCGACUGCCUCUGUGCGCACGACUUCAGCGACAAGACCGCCGACCUGAUCAACCUGCAGCACUACGUCAUCAAGGAGAAGAGGCUCAGCGAGCGGGAGACCGUGGUCAUCUUUUACGACGUGGUGCGUGUGGUGGAAGCCCUGCACCAGAAAAACAUUGUGCACAGAGACCUGAAGCUUGGGAACAUGGUGCUCAAUAAGAGGACGCAUCGGAUAACCAUCACCAACUUCUGCCUCGGGAAGCAUCUCGUGAGCGAGGGGGACCUGCUGAAGGACCAGAGGGGGAGCCCUGCCUACAUCAGCCCAGACGUGCUCAGCGGCCGGCCGUACCGGGGCAAGCCGAGCGACAUGUGGGCCCUGGGCGUGGUGCUCUUCACCAUGCUUUACGGCCAGUUCCCCUUCUACGACAGCAUCCCGCAGGAGCUCUUCCGCAAGAUCAAGGCCGCGGAGUACACCAUCCCUGAGGAUGGGCGCGUCUCCGAGAACACCGUGUGUCUCAUCCGGAAGCUGCUGGUCCUCGACCCCCAGCAGCGCCUCGCUGCCGCCGACGUCCUGGAGGCCCUCAGUGCCAUCAUUGCGUCCUGGCAGUCCUUGUCAUCGCUGAGUGGGCCUUUGCAAGUGGUUCCUGACAUCGACGACCAGAUGAGCAAUGCAGACAGCUCCCAGGAGGCCAAGGUGACAGAGGAGUGCUCCCAGUACGAGUUCGAGAACUACAUGCGGCAGCAGCUGCUGCUGGCCGAGGAGAAGAGCUCCGUACACGAGGCCCGGAGCUGGGCGCCCAAGCGGCAGUUCGGCAGCGUGCCCCCCGUGCGGCGGCUGGGCCACGACGCGCAGCCCAUGAACCCCCUGGACGCGGCCAUCCUGGCGCAGCGCUACCUGCGCAAGUAGCCCCCUGGCCCGGGUGCCGGCCCCACCCGCCACCUCUCCCCAGCCCCCAGCCAGCGGCCCGAAGCCCCCCGCGCCCCCCACCGGCUGCGACAACGGGGACGGGGCCGGGACAGCGCAGGUCACACAUGGGGUCAGCAGAAGUACCACAAAGCUACCUUGGGAAUGAUCGCUUGAUUGUUUGGUUUUUUAAUCUGAGAAGCCUAGAUAACUAAUCUGCUUUUAAUCAUGACGUUUUAAUCUACCUCUGGCUCUUUAACCAUGCUGUCUCUGGACUGAGUGAGGGAGGAGGAGGGGGCCCGCCCGCCCAGGGCAGCGCCCCCGCCCCCCAGACAGAUAAGCUGAACCCGCAGCUCGCUGCUGGCUCCCAAAAUGAACGCCCACCCCCCACGGCCCUCCCAGGCCCCGUCCCAGGCUGUGUCUGUCCCUCCCCUUCUGACCCCAGGCCCCUCAGUCCAAGCUUUGGAAAACUUCACCUCAUCGUAAGCAGAAUUCAAAUAUAUUUAUUUUUGUACUGAAACCAACUUCUCUCCCAUCUCUAGGUGGCUCGGCCCGUGGCCACUCCCUGCCCCCACCCCCACUGACCUGGCUGGACAGCAGGGAGCCCACCGCCCACAGAUGGGCCCCCUCCUCGCCCCCAGCCUCAGAAGCCCCUUCUUGCCGGCCCCUCCACCUCCAACCCACCAGUCCCUCCUGUUUCUGGUGAUGGGGAGGCCUUUCUAGACUUGGUUCUCUUUCUCCCAUCUCAGUAGCUUCUCUGAGGUGCUGUACCCUCGCAUUAACCCUGGUUUCUUUCUGCACCCCGCACCGUGGUACCGAGGUGACGUUGACACAGAUGUGAAAGGGGUGCCUGGUGGGCGGGCGGGGAGGGGAGCGCUGGGCCGACCGUGAACAGGUGGGCCCUGCUCGCACGCCCUCUUGUUGCUCCCCGCACCCCUCUGUGUUCACAGAAUGGUGGGGGCAUCUCCCCUCCCGUUCUUGCCUCAUAAUGGAUGUGGGGUCUCUCCCAGCAGACCCUGGCCAGGGCCCUUCAUCGGGGCUGUGGGGCUCGCGGGGAGAGCUGUAGGGACUGGGGGGGGGGGUAUGCCUGGCUUGAGAACAGCCCUGCUGCCCUUUUUGAGCCGAGAUUUUGAAGUGGAUGCCCGUCUUGCCAGAAACACUGUUCUCACCAGAAUGCCCUUCCCUCCCACUCUCCCUCACUGGACUUGGCCUUGCCCGGUGCCAAGCAAAGACUCUUCCUCUGGCCUAUCCCCCCAGGCCCCCCUGGAAAGGCUGAGUGUUCCCCUCCAGGCAGCCCUGGGCCUUGAGGCCCUUCCUGUUCUUGCUCCCCAGUGGGGAGGUGACCGAGGCCUGUGUGACCUUGUUUCCCAGAGUGUGAGCUGCCCCCUCCCCAAAAGCUGACUCACUGUGAGUGACUUGGGCAAGUUCCCAAACCUCCUUGUGCCUCAGUUUCCCCAUCUGGAAAAAAUGGGGCCACCUCUUGCCAGCAGUAGCAGGGCCGCCCAUGCCCCUUCCUCCCCAUGCCCCCAUCCCAGCACUUGGGCGCCUCAUGCCUCUGCCUCAGUGGGUCUGCGGGAGCCCGCCUGAGCCCAGCACUUACUCCCCCUGAGCACCAAGCUCUGCCUCCAUCAGCGGCCAGCCGCUGAGAGCCAGGGUGUUGUGCUGCGGGGGCGGGGGAUGUCCUCUUUUCUAUAUUUAUUUCAAAAAGAAGUCUCCCAAGGGAGUAGAAAUGCAGUCUGGCCUAGGGCUCCCAGCCCCUGUGACUGUCCUCCCGGGAGGGUCUCAGCCGAGACCCUCUGGGCCUGCUUGCCACAGGGGGGCUUUCUCCUCCUUUUCAAAGCAAUACGCUCGGGGGUCUGCAGAGCCUUAUCAGACAGGCUGGGCCCUCCAAGGUCGGCCCCUGCGUCUGAUUACGUUUGUGGCAAAGCAAAUGAGAGGAGGUUGGGCCUGCCCUCCCUGGGUGUCACACACUGAGAGGUCCUGUUGUAAAGAAACAGAAAAAGUCACAAAAAAGUUUGUAUAAAGACAUAUUUUUGUACUACAUGGGGACUUUUCCUGCAUGUCAGCAAUAAAACUUCCUGACCUGGA